GUAAGACACAACCAAGACUUCUUAAUUGUGAAAAGCGCAGGUUAUGAUGUCCUUCCCUAAGCCUAAUCGGAUAAGAUCAUAUGCCCACUUCCGUCUAUUACUCAUCAACUACUCAUACUAACUUGAAGAAGAAAGCAAAAACACGGAUUGAAGAAAAUACAAUCAUCCACCAGAAGGGUCUCAUUAUCCUCAAUCUCAGAUUUAUGGGACACCUAUUUCGGAGAGGUCAAAAAUACUCCCACCCGGGCCCCGUAACCCCUGCAAUAAUUUAAACGUGAAAAGAUGGAAAGAUGAGACCUUUACACUAAAUAAAGUUGAGGAGGAGGUGGCUUUCUGGGUUUUUGAAGACUCGGUCUUUACAUGAUUAGCCACGAAUUUUUGCACAGAAGAUCAAAAGCUUUGAUCUUAGAGAGCGAAAGCGAGUUGGGGAAUCCCUGGCUAUGAGAGUUUGAUUAUCUGUAGAUAUUGACAUUUGUGGAUGGAAGAUUUCCCUGGUAAGCUUUUUUUUUUUCUUUUUUUCCUUUUUUUCCUUUUUUUGAGUUUUGUGGUGCUGUUACUAGAUGGUGAUAGCUAUUUUGUUGUUUUGUGAUAUGCGUUUUUAGGGAAUUGCUGUUGUUGUGUUGGUAACUCGGGUGUUUUUUUGGUAACUUUCUCCUUUUUCAUUCUUUAUCCUGAUUUUUCUCGCCUUUUGGAUUAAGGGAAAGAAGAGAGCUAAGUGUGAGUUUGACCUUGUUUCUUGCUUUGAAUUUAAUAGCCUGAGAAUUCAGGUUGGCUUAGUUAUAGGAUCAGCUGCUGGUGCUGGUUCUGGUGUGGUGGGUACUUUCUACUUUUUCAAUUCCAUGAAUGUUUUCUGCCUGAUCUUGGUGGUUGUUGGGUUUAGUUUUAUUUGAAAUAUCAAUUCUUCUUUCAAAUUAGACAUGGGUUUUGAUCACUUUAAUUUGCACUGAUUUUGUGGUUGGACUGAAAUCUGGAGGUGUAAUCAAGAAUUCUCUCCGGGCUUUCUUUCUAGAGGUGAAUUGAGAAUUCUCUCCACGCUUUCUUUCGCUUUAUGUUCUUCCUUGCACUAGCUCUUCAUAUAAACUUUGGACUUUUUGCUGUAAUUUCAAUGACAGAUUAGGGCAGACUGUGCAUGUUUCGUGCAUGUUUGUGCGGUCUUAUAGUAUAGUUGUCUUGCCUUUUUUUAAAAAAAUAAUAAUAAAAUAAAAUUCUUUUC